AUGUAUGAGCUGAUCAUUCUGGAGAUAAGACCAAGACUUUGCAGUGUCAACGGGUUUGUUAAGUUUUCAAAUAGACCAGAUGAUGUCAAAGUAUCCUUAGAUGAUGAUUUGAAAUUAGUUUUUAAUAGAAGAGAGGAAAAGAUACCAUGUCAGUUCACUGGUAUAGUAAAAAAUAGCUUAACAGUCAAAGUCAAUGAUACUCAUGUAAUUUUUCGGUUUGCUACAAAAAAUGAGGCAUCUGGUAGUUUUAAAACUGAAGUUCUCCAGAACACUGCCACAAAUUUCAAGUUUUCUCAUGACAAACCUUUGUUUUCUGCAAAUACCUCCUACACUUGUCUCUGUGGGAAGUGUAAAACUCCUCUAACAAAUCCACUGGUAUUUGAAAGAAUUCUGCCUUUGCCUUCUGACAACUCGGAUCCAAAUGAGUGGUUUUGUCAUAGAUCUGAUGUCGGUAAUAACUUUAAUCUAGAUCCAAAACCAUCGGAUAUUUUUUAUACGCAUUGUUUAGUUCAUUUGAAUAUACAAAAUAUUCAAAACGUGGAUGAAACUGGUAAAAUUGUGUUUUGUAAAUCUUGUCAGGAUUGGUUAGGGCUUAAAUACAAUGAUAACACAGCCAAAUUUUGGUUGAACACUGUAGAGUUCAUUAGUGAUAAUAAUUUGGUAUCAACGUCGAGUCUGCAAGACGUUUUUAACGUUAUCAAUAGUGUCUUUCAGCAAAAACUGCAGAGUUCUGUAAAGAUAAUGCUUUGUUGCCAAACUACCAUAAAUAACAUUGAAGCCGUUUUAUUGUGGAUAUUGGAAAAAAGGUUAGAAGUAUUUUAUGACAAUUCCAGAGAAGAGAAGAAAUGUGACGUUGCAAAGGUUCUAUUCAAAUCCGUUGAUAAUCAUGACAAUAUUUUUGACCAGUGGAAAAAUGAUCUGAUGGUUGAUACAAUAGAUGUCUCGAAGAGCAUGAUUUUGAGUGUCUCGAAUCACCUGGCAGAGUGUAACAGAGCUCUGCCUGAUGAAUUUGCCAAGUCUAAUGAUUUUAAUGUAUCCUAUUUGUUUAUGUAUGAUGGUUGCACCAUUUAAUUUUAAGUUUUAUUCUGUAGGUUUAGCCAGAUAAAUGUUAGGUGUUAGAUAAUUUCUGAAUUUUCUUUCGUUUUGAAUAUGUUUUGUCUUCUAAUUAUUUUGGAUGAGAAAAUAUUUGAAACUUAUCCUAUGGUUUUUAUACUGAUACCCAUGUGCAUGUGGUUUUGUUUCGUCCGACAAGCAUGGGGGUUAUAAAAGUAUUCCAGGUAUAUGGUUUUAGUGUCCUAAGAUUAAAGUAGUGUUUCAAGGUUGAGGUGAAUAUCCUCAAUUUUAAGACUUGAUAAUUAGUCUAAUCAUAUUAGCAAAUUUCCCCGAAAUAAUUGUAAAGUCACGUUUUAUUGGGGCAAGUUGUUCAAGGGGGUAUUUAAAACAUGGAUGCAUAAAAUGGGUACACCAAUUUUUGUGGGAAAACCUUUUAUUUGACGACAAAGAAUGAGAAAACGUAUUUUUUGGGAUUCAAUCGAAAGUUUUUACAGGAACAAAAGAACUUUUCAUAUAAGAUUUUUAGGUAUUUACGAGACGUACAGAAUGAGACCACACCCGAUGCAAAAUGCAGGUUUUGCCGCUUGUUGGUAAUGCGACGAUAAUUUCACGCAACUACUUGAAAUUCUUCAAAUCCGUAGGAUUCAUUCUUCUAAAUAACAACAAAAUUGGAGUAUUUUGGUCAUAUUGAUGUUUUUUUUUAAUUUUCUAAUUUUUCAUCCCAAAACGCCUGUUUUCCUGCCAUCACUUCUAGUUUAUUGAGCAAUAUUCAGGGCUCUUUCAAAGAGCAUUUAAUAGCAAAAUACACUUGUUUACCUUGCCGAUAUGAAUCACAAGCUAUUCCGAAAGCUAAAUGUUAUUUUUAUGCGAAAAACAAAGGUUACGUUUUUUUUCUUCUAAACAAAUUCAAACAUUUCGUAUUUGUGAGUAAACAAACGCGCUAUGAUAUUCGAAAAACAUACGUUACUAUACACAUUUUAAAACAAAGCGGAUGUGUCUAUCGUCUUUUGUUUCGAAUUACUCAAAAACACGAAAUGUUUGAAUUUGUUUAGAAGAAAAAACUUAACCCAUCCUUUUUGCAUAAAAACAACAUUUAUCUUCCGAAAUGGUUUGCAAUUCAUAUCGGCAAGCUAAACUAGUGUAUUUUGAUAUAAAAUGCCCUUGGAACUAACCCAGUAUAUUGCUCAAUAAACUAGUAGAGAUGGCCUGAAAACAGGUGUUUUGGGAUAAACAAUUAGAAAAUCUCAAAAACUACUUGCCCAACCUACUCCAAUUUUGUUGUUUUUAUUUAGAAGUAUGAAUUCUAGAAACCAUCGUCGCAUUACCAAGAGGCAAAACCUGCAGUUGGCCUUGGUUCUAGGCCAUAACUUUUUUGCUAAUCGUCGGAUCUUUUUACGUGUGGUCUCAUAAAUACCUAAAAAUCUUAUACACACGCGUCCAUGUUUUGAAUACCCCCUUGAACAACUUGCAGCAGUAAAACCAGACUUUACAAAUAAUUCGCAAACCAGGGGUAUUUUCGUCUAAUAUGAUUAGACUAAAUUACGGAUUAAUUUUUAUGUAACUUAUAAUGCAGUGUAUUAGAUUAAGUUCAACCC